AUGGAAUAUAAAAUUAUCUGUAGAAUCUGCAAUUUGCUAAUUAAGAUAGAUUUUCUUAAAUUACACAACGAAACAUGCAAAACUCGUGCUGAAUAUCGAAGGAAAGAGAUCAAAUUAAAUUUGUAAGUAGCCAAAGUUUGUGAAAAUGCUUAUAAAAAAAAGCACUAAAUUCAUUCAAGGGGUUAAAAAUAGUAUUGAAGUUAUAUCUAAAAUAGUCUUAAUAGUCUAAGAUUGAAAUGGGAUUAGAUGUCUGAUGAAUAUACAUAAUAGAUUUACUAAGAAUAUAAAAUACUAUAAGUCUUAAUUUCAUAUGGAGAAAGAACACUAAAUUCUGAAGUAGAUGCAAAAUGUAAUUUAUAACAUUCAUAUUUUAGAUCAUCUUAUAUCUCAGAAUGAAUUCAUGUAAGCCUAACAAAUUAUAAGUAACCCUUAUAUUUUGAAUUUGAUAGAAGAAAUGAAUAGUCUGAUAAAUUAGAGAUUAGACUUAUGUUAUAAAAGUAUUAAAUAUUCAAAGACUAUAAGCUAAAUUUUAAAGCAUUCCUAGCAUAUCCUUUAGAUUAAGUAAGUUCAGUAAAGACAGUCCUAAAUCUAACAGCGAAACUCAUAACAGAAUAAACUCAUUUUCUGAUUAUUUGAAUUCCCCUAAGUAUAAAUUUAUGACGUCAGUUAAGUUUUUCAGAAGAUACACAAUCAGAUAAAAAAAGUAAUUCUCGACCAGAUACUCCAGUUAAAUCGAUAUCUAUUAUUGAUAAUCUUAGAUAACGAGGUAAACUGUCCAAAUUCCCAUAGAGAUAGUCAACUUUUUCUUCAGAAGAAGAAUAAAAUUCAGAUUAACCAAAACUUAGACAAUAGAUUAAAAAGAAAAGUUAUUUUGCUAAAACAGGAAGUUCAGAUAGUGAAACAGAUGAUAUUAUAAAUACUAUUGUAGUAGAAAAUAAUCCAAUUUAAAGUAAGAAUGAUUUAAAUUUUGAAUCUACUUGUUUUUUUGAAUUAUAAAGAGGAUAUUUUUCAGACACUGAAAUUAUAAGAUUAGAUAUUGAGAAUAAGACAAAGGAAAGAAAUAUAGGAUUGAAAGAUUUUAAUUUUAUAAGGUAAAUAGGAUAAGGAGCAUAUGGAAGUGUCUUUUUAGUAAAAAGAAUUAUAACUGGAGACUUAUAUGCAAUGAAAAUAAUUAAUUGUUGUAAUAAAAGAUUCGAAAGAUUAUUGGAAUAACUUAAAUAAGAGAGAAAUAUAUUUGAAAUUUUAACAGGUGAUUAUGUAGUUAAAGCUUAUUACUCUUUUUAACAUGAAUCAUCUUUAUGUUUUGCAUAAGAAUAUAUGAUUGGUGGAGAUUUCUCUAAAAUUCUCAUCAAUGAAGGAGUAAAUUAUUAAAUUUAUUCUAGGCUUUUGAUGAGAACAUAGCUAAACAUUAUUUUUCUGAAAUACUUAUAGCUUUGGAAUAUUUACAUAAUAAUAAUAUAAUACAUAGAGAUUUAAAACCAGAAAAUAUAUUAUUAGAUUAAUAUGGACAUAUAAAAUUAGCUGAUUUUGGUUUAAGUGAAUUGGGUAUCAAUAAAAUAAUGAUUAAAAAGUGUAGUUAAUAGAAUUUUACAUAAAAUGAUUCAUCUCCAUAACCUAUAUAUCAAAUGAUAAAGGGGAGAUCUUUUAGAAAGUCUAAUAUUAUUCCUGAAAAUGCUGAAAGAAGAAUUAUAGGAACUCCAGAUUAUAUAGCCCCUGAAAUUAUUAGGGGUCAAUCAUUUUCUCAUAAAUCUUAAGAUUUUUGGUCUCUUGGAAUUAUAUUGUAUGAAUUUUUAGUUGGCAUUCCUCCUUUUAAUGAUGAUUCUGUUGAGAAGAUCUAUCAGAAUAUAUUAAAUGGAGACAUUGAAUGGCCUGAAAUUGGUAAUGAUCCAGAAGAAUAAAUAUCAUAAUAAGCUUAUGAUUUAUUAAAGAAAUUAUUAAAUCCUGAUUAUACUCAAAGAUUAGGAUAUGGAUCAAUAGAUGAAAUAAAAAAUCAUCCAUUUUUAUCAUCUAUUAAUUGGAAUGAAUUGAGAAAUUCUCCUGGUCCAAUAAUUCCUUAGAUAAAUUAGAAUUUUUAACCUUUUGAGAAUGUAACAGAAAAAGUUUAAAAAUUUAUUAAAAAAGGAGAAUAAAAAUAAAUUCAAAUUAUCAAUAAACUAUAAGAGGAAUUAGAAUAUUUGGAGAGAAUUGAUUUAUUAGUGGCAAAGAAUGAAAAUGAAGCUUAAUUGAUUUAAUAAUAAUUAUAAUUAUUUUCAUGA